GAGGCAUUCCACACCAUCACAGAUGACAUUACAUACUACUACCCCACCUAUGAUGCAAUGCCCAGGCCAAGGCAGCAAGAUAUACUUUAAGGAUUUGCCUCUGCAUUAUCUGUCAUGUCAUGGCUCUCGGAGAUAGAGCUCGGUGCUCGGGGAUCACACAUCUCCGAGCUUAGUCGGGGUGUAUAUUAUCAAACAAAACAUCCACCACGAUUAGUCUAACCGUUCAAGUUAUUCGCCAAGUCUAAUUUCCAACCCAUCUUGAUUGUCACCACCUAGCCAGCAAUUCUGAUAAAUAGAUAAAAGCCAAACAACGAUGCUGCGAUCACUCCUAUCACUAGGCAAGCCCAACGCCAACUAUAUCUUCCCAACGGUAGACCCAAAGCACGACGGACCAGACUGCAAACUAGACUGUGCCGAUUGCACGGUGCACUUCCCAUCGAAAGUGAAGAUCGAAGACUCCCGGCCACUCUAUGGGCACAUCAAGGAGUUCCACGCGCAUGUCUUGGUCGCCACAGGCAAAUCAGACUGGGUGGAGAGAGUCGAGAAUGAAAAAGGAAGCUUAAUGGAAGCCUUUGACAGUAGCUCAAAUCAAUCCAAGCACGGGCGUAUUAUGGUCUCGGCAUCAAACCUCAAGAAGCCGGACAACGAGGUAGACGGCAGAGAUAAGAGCCCCCAAGGGACCACCGUGCUGCUUCUGCCUUCGUUUACCUUCGUAGACUCCGUGACCCCUGGCGAUGUUAGGGCGCUAGUUGGCGACUUCAUUGAUGCCCCUAAAGGGCAACCGGUCACAUCCCGAUUGCAAUCCCGACCAUGCCAGUACGACUAUGUGGUACUUCUCUGCUCUCACAGGCGGAGAGAUGCCCGCUGUGGGAUAACUGCCCCAUUAAUCAAGAAAGAAAUGGAGCGGCAUCUGCGACCUCUUGGGUUAUAUCGCGAUGCGGAUGACGAGCGCCUUGGGGGUGUGGGGAUCUUCUUUGUUUCCCACGUGGGCGGCCACAAGUUUUCCGCCAAUGUUUUGAUUUAUCGGAAAAAAGAGCAACAGAUGAUCUGGCUAGCGAGAGUGAAGCCGGAGCAUUGUGAGGGAGUGGUCAACUAUACCAUUUUGCAAGGGAAGGUCGUCCAUCCCGAGUCGCAGUUACGAGGAGGGUUUGACCGACAACGGGGAUUGACAAGCUGGUAGCAUUAUAAAAAUCUUGCGCUGAAUACUGUGAUGCUUAGAGUUUUAGCUAUAUAUCUGGGUAAUGAUAAUGGAUAGAAUGUUGAUGUUGAACCCGAAGAAGUAAA